AUGAGAUAUCUCCAUUAUUCAACUGAUAAUGAUGAAUUUAUAAUUAAUGCUUUCUUUUUCCAGGAUGAUCUACCACAUUUAAAAUGCUUUUCAUUAACAUGUUAUAAUGGUACUCGAGGAUAUGAUAAUCUAAUUGUACCUCUUCUUCGUCGAAUGUCACAUGUCGAAGAAUUAGCUUUAUAUCUUCAUAUCUUCCGCGGAUCCACAUUCAUCUCUGGUACUGAUCUUGAUAAUGAAAUUCUUAUUUAUAUGCCACAACUUCAUAUGUUCACAUUUUAUAUCGAUUCUAUAAAUCAGAUUGCUGAUCCAGCUAUUCGUGCAUCUGCUGCUGAUAUUGAACAAACUUUCAAAAAUAUAAAAUAUGGACCGGUAGUUUGUAUGGUGGAUUCUUUUGACUCUUACUGUGUGAGAUAUCGCGUCUUUUCACUUCCAACUAAAUUUCAUCGUCUCGAAGAUAUCAAAAAUAAUAUUCCAAAUAUUGUUUUUAAUUCUGUUACUCAUUUGAAAUUAAGGGACACAAAUGCAUUCAAACAUGAAUUUUUCAUUCGACUUGCUCGAGCUUUUCCAUUUCUUAAAAGUUUAUCUAUUUCGAAUAUACAUCGACCAUUUUGGCGUUGUGAUGAACGUCAUCUUCGAGAUAAAGACUGGUGCUCAAUUAUUGAAUACUCGCAUCUUAUUUUUCUUGACGUGGAAGGUGUAAAUUCUUAUUAUCUUGAACAUUUUCUUAAUGAAACGAAAGCUCAUCUACCUAGUUUAACACAAUUAAAAGUUAUUUAUGAAGUUUUGAAAACGGUGACAGAAAACUUUACAAGAGAUGACAUGCGACGCAAUUGUGGCAGAGUGAAACGAUUAAUUGUUGAUUAUCCAAUAGUUUAUCCAGAAAAUGUUUAUCGUUAUUUUCCUUUACUGUGA